CUGUCUUCCUUUGAAAGGGCUGCCGUACUUUAUCACUACCGUUUCAUAAAACAACCGUGUUGGCUCAGGACUCCGGUUGGGACUGAAAAGUAGGGCAACGUUCAUGCACUUUGAUGGAUUAUGUCAUCCCGCACAGCCUCCCGGUCAACCUUUCACCUACUUUCUCUCACACUGACAGCAGUUAUUUGUGUUGAUGGAAGCGACAUUCGCCGGGAAGAGGAGCCGUCGGCAAAAUAUUAUCGUGUAACAGAGUUGGAGGCCCUUCCUGAUCAAGAGACAUAGUUGUCUGGAGGGAACCAUUCAGAAAUGUGGAUGAGUACAUUUUCACGUUUUGCCCUGCCUGCCCUGCAGAGGAGCACCUCUACCAUGGCCUGCCAGGCCCUAAGGGCUUGUCGUAGACCAGGACAGGCUGCAGGUCCACUACCCUCUCGUCUGACUUCAGUGCAGCUUCGUGGACAUCAGACACUGGGGUCAGCUUCCCUCCCUGUGGCUCGCCACUUAGCGAGGCAUGUGCGGGCUCUGGACGAGGAGAGGCUGAUGGAGGUGGAGUGGGAGGAUGGAGGCCACAGUUUGUACCCAUUCACCUGGCUGAGAGACAACUGCCAGUGUCCACUGUGUACCUUGGAGUCAGCUCAGGCCCGAAAACUGCUGAUGUCUGAUCUUGAUAUCCACACAGGAGUCAAUGUUGUGGAGGUCACUGAUGACAACAAGGUGUCCAUUGUGUGGCCUGACCAGCACACCAGUGUGUUUGACGCGGAGUGGCUGAAGAAACGCUGCUUCUCUCCUGCUGCCAGACAAGCAAUUCAAGAAGAGCUUUUCCUCAACGAGCGUUCUUACUGGGACUCCAAGCUGCACAUUCCCACAGCUGACUACCAUGAAGUCCUCCAUGACGAUAAGGCAGCGCUGGCCUGGCUCGUGGCCCUGCGUCGUGUUGGCAUCGUCAACCUGAAGGGGGCUCCGGCUGAGCAGGGCCAAGUGGCCAGGCUCGCUGAGAGGAUCGGCUAUCUCCGGCUGACAUUCUACGGGCACACAUGGCAGGUCCAGGACAAAUACAUGGCAAACAAUGUAGCCUACACAUCAGGAAGGCUGAGUCUUCAUACCGACUACCCUGCAUUGCACUUUGCACCUGGAGUGCAGUUUCUGCACUGCAUCAACCAGGCUGUGGAAGGAGGGGAGAGCGAGGUGGUGGACGGCUUCUACAUGGCCGAGCAGCUGCAGAGAGAAGACCCAGAGGCCUUCCGGACGCUCACCUCGCUCCUCAUUGACUUCACCGACACAGGGAUGGACUACUGCGACUUCAUGCUGCAGUCGAAGAAAUGCAUCAUCGACGCUGAUGCCGAGGGUCGAGUCUUGAGAAUAAACUACAACAACGCCACGAGAGAUUCGGUGCUGGACCUCCCCUUACAUCAGGUCCAGUCUUUCUACCGAGCACUGAAAGCCUUUGUGGACAUCAUGAACCGACCAGAGAAUGUGGUCACCUACAGAAUGGAGCCAGGAGACAUGGUGACCUUUGAUAACUGGCGUCUGCUGCACGGGCGGAGGAGCUACAUCAGCAGGCCAGACAGGCUGCGACACCUGGAGGGGGCCUAUCUGGACUGGGAUGAAGUCAUGUCUCGCCUCCGGAUACUUCGCAGCUCCGUCCACGAGAACGUAUGAGCUCCAGAAACAGACAAAUUUAAAUGGUAGUGAUCUUAAAAAGAGUGAGGUGACAGAGGGCAAAGUGCAAAGACGACACGUCAAGAUCUAAAUCUCUGAAGUCAAGCAUCGUAUCAUAAAUGAAACACACACUGUUGAUUGGUAAACAUCAAAGUUUAAAUGAUGACGGCAACUUUUCAAAGAAAACAGUGCAACGCUUCAAUGCAAAGAUGAAGAAAACACUUCUAAUUUAAAGGUGCUGUUAGAUUAGCCAUCGUGACAAAUGUCAAAUCAUUUUUAUGUCUAAAUCGAAGAGGUGUUCCACACUCUGGGUACGCCACAUUGUGAUUACGAUAUCAUAAUUGUUUUCUAAGAUUUCUAAGCUGAUUAAUUUUUCCUGGUUCUCUGGUUAAUGUUUGGCUCAAAACAUGCUCUGAAAUCUACUUUAUAAUCCACCACAUUUACAUAAAUCAGUCUGAAAUGACAAUGAAUUCCUCACUACAGUACAUAGACAGAGAGUCUGCUCCUGUGUGUCAGCAGUGAUUUCAGAAUCAGCCCUGAAGUAAAUGUUGUUAUAUCGCUAUGUUUUUCUUUCUUCUUACUGUCUGCUACGGUAUCUUUGCCUCUACUUUUAAAUCCUGUGCCUGCACACAGGAGCUGAUGUCGUGGACUUUCCCUUCAUUCUGUAGCGUUGCGAUGAGAUCAGUCGCUUUAAGCCACAGUACAUCAGCUGUAGUAGAAGUGGCACUAUGAGGUAACUGCACUUUAUUGAACUGACCCUUUAGAUUUACAAUUGUACAGACGUGUGUACUUUUCUGCCUAGCCUUAGUGGCUGGUUGAGAUACAGUGUGCUGCUGCUGUCCACUGGAAACCAUGCGUUUUUUAAAUAUUCUGCUUUUUUCUGUCCAAAAUGUGAAUGGCUGUGUGGCUGUUAAACAUGUGAACGGCGCUCUCUAGAGUCACCGUUUGGUUUGUCUGUUCUGGGCUACUGUAGAAACACGGAGGACCCGCUCCCUCUGUAGAUAUAAAGAGCUCAUUCUAAGGUAACGAACCUUAUUCUUACUUUCAGGCUUUUAUACACUAAUGACAACACACUUAUGAAAAUUAUAUUCCAUUUCUGCCAAUGACCCCCUACAGCCUUCACACCAGACCUUUAGGAAAAAUAAACCACGUAAAAGCUCAUUGGAUUAUCUGUAAGAUGGAUCAUCACACAGCUGGAAACCAGCUUGUUUAGCUUCAGCUAGUAAAAGCUGACAUUUUGGAGAGGCGUGGUUUUUGAGGCACAGCAGCGAAACACUCCUGCAGGUGUGUGAGUGUGAUCAGGGUGGGUAGACUUUUAGUAGCGCUGAAAUGAUUGAAAAAUCCCAUUGUGAUUUAUUCUUUAGCUGCUGGAGGUUUGACAUUGAGCCCUGCUCACUCACUGCUGUCACUGAGAGUCGAAUCUGCAUUUUGGUCCUAAGCUUCAAAUGUUCUCCUGUAACCAAAGAGACAGUCUUUCUCUCUGCAACCAAAACGCUUUAUUUUUAAUGUAUUUCUGUGUAAGAUAAAGAUAAGAUGGAUGUACUUCCCGUAGCAAAAAAACAGUUUGAUCUGGUUUUCACAGAAGUGCUUUGUCGACUCUGCACAAUUAAUAAUGUACCUUUUUUCUUUCCUCCAGUCUUAGAGGUCCAGUGUGUAGGAUUUAGUGGCAUCUAGUGGUGAGGUUGCAAAUUGCAACCAGCUGAGCACCCCUGCCUUCACCCUUCCCGAUGACGCUCUUGAGUUUGGUUUGUCCUUUCAGGGCUACUGUAGAAACAUGGCUCCCUCUGUGGAUACAAGCUCAUUUUAAGGUAACAAAAGCACAUGUGUUGUUUUCAGGUGAUUACAUAAAACCAGAAUCAGAUUUAAUUUCUCUCAAUAGAUCACCUUAAAUCCUCCACACUGGACUUUUCAACAUGCGCUUAAAGCAUUAAGCAAACUUUUAAACUCAACAAGCAUUUUGUUAAACUGUUUUUUUAACUGAAUAGUCACAGCUUUCUAAAAUAAAUCUUCAAAGCUCUUCACUGUGUCUUCCACUUUUUAACCAACAGGUUGUGUGACCUCUGGUGCGUUUUUUUCCUCUUCAGAAAAGGACAACGAACUACACUGAGCUUUGUAUGCGACAACUUUAUUAUAUUGCCAAAGCUGUACAUAUUCUAUAAAUACUUUUUCCAAAUACUGGAGUACUUACACCUGGCAUCUCAUUUCAUUUAUUCCCUCUCGUUACAGCAGCUGGCUAGUACAAUGACAGAGAUGAGUUGCAAUAAUCCAGUUUAAAAAAAUGUCCGUUUAACUUAAGCAGAAAGAGCUGUGUCCCAUUCCCACCAACCACACCAGUUUUGGAGCUGCUGCAGAUCCAGUUCAGUCUUCUUUACACCGACGUGUAGUGUUUUUCAUUAACGCAACAGCAUCUGGAUAUCCUACUGAUUACUUUCCUAUGCACAGUUCAAUGACUAAAAGUACAAGCAUGUCAGAAUAAAAAAAAAAAAAAAAACAUCUUCCGGUGAUAUA